GUUGAACAACAAAGUGCCACUUUGUUUUUCUUACAAAAUGUCUGAAAUAUACGGGUAUUUGAAAAAAAAAAAAAAAGCUUGCGUUUAGGUAAUGAGCUACAUGCCAGCAGUUUUAUGCGGAAGUGUCUGUGCUAUUUUACCUUUUUGCCACUAGGGAACAGUAUUUAAUCGACGCGAUGUGAAAGUAAAAGAUAUUUAAGAGAGUUUAAAAGUAAAUUCCGACUAAGGUUGGCGCUGACUUUAACGGCUAGGGGGGUUAUUUCCUAGGCUUGAAAAGUAACUGGACGGGAAGGAGUUAGCAAAUCCAAAAUGGCUGCACUCUCCUUGUUGUCGUCUCCCCAGGCUUUUAUCACGUCUUAACCGGGAGACAAAGCGCGCAGUCACGACGAGGUCUGGGAAACUCGACGUGAUCGUGCGGGGAGAGGACUGGCGACUUAACGGUUCUGUGUGUUUUUAAUUAUUAUUCAGAGGUUAUUGUGAGGUAUUUUUGUUUCGUUCCGUGACUGUAUAGUUCAUUAAGGAGUAAUCUAACCGGCAGGGGAAUACCACAGUAACGUCAGGGUGCUGUGGGGGAGGGGAGCGAGGCUGGGGUGGAGCUUCACUCGGUUGGGGAAUGGGAUUGAUUCAUUGAGAUUUAUAUUAGUGUCAUAUUCAAGUGUGCCACUUUAAUUUGCUAAGGGGUUGGCACUGUCAAACGUGGGGUGGGAAAUUCAAAAGUGCAAAUAAAGACCAGUGGUUAACGUAAAUGUUAUCAGUAGUUUAAAGCUUUUUUUAAUUUUUUUUAUUUGUGAUGCAAGUGUAAUUCAUUCCAGAAGAGGCAGUGAAAAGAGCACAGUGCAGUCGGAGCUGAAGUCAGGGUUGGCCGAGCUCCACAAUGAGAAUAUUUAUGGACGGAUGCCACGGGUACAGCCACAGCACUAGCUCCUCAAGAACAACCGAGAAUUCACUCUUGCUGAUUAAUAAUGAGAGACAACAUCUGAUUCUUUUUAAACAAUAGGUGUCAAUUUUACAUUUUUAAUAAUAUAAUGCAAUAUAUAGUCAUCCAACACAAAUAUCAAUCAACAAAUAUGUGGAAUUGUGAAGAACAAAAUAUGACAUGUAGACUCGUUUUCAAAUAUGUUUUUAAUUAUCAUACAGACGAUAUCCAUAUAAUUCUGUUUUUUUUUUUUUUUUUUUUUUUAGCCAGAUGGGUCUUUGUGGUAAAAGUGUUUGUUUUUUCUUCUUUGUAAUGUACUUCAUGGAAGAUGGCCAUAUUUCAUGUAUAAACAUCAUGAAGGGACACACUUUUCUUUAAAGGCUAAAAACUUAAGUAAUUCUUGCUUUGUUACUCUUCAGUGUGUUUGUUACUCGGAACACCUUGGUUUUCCUGAAUAGCGCAUGGAUCAAACAUGACAACCCAUUCUUGGAAACUAAUCAAACCCUCUGCCUGCAUCAUCAGACACUACACACAUUAUGUAAUGCAACUUAUUCUGCCAAGCAAGUAAACUAAGCCUUUGUUUUGGUACGCAAAUAUCAAAUGCUGUAUGUAUUUUUGGUCAGAAAUGCAGUAUGGUAUAAUUGCAGCAUAUUUAUGAUCAAGUGCAAACCCACAAUAAAUAAAUAGCAGUCAUUUUAUUUUUUCUGCUUUUAGAUUCCACUUGUGUCAUUAAACAGUUUUGGUGUCUAAAAUUCUACAAGUUUGCAGCUAGGUAGUGCCUGUGAUUAUUUGCAGUUAAGGUAUUGACCCACUGCAGCAGUUCAGGUGUAUUUUUAUCUGCAGCAACACCAGUGUGGAUUUCUCUUGAGCACGGCUCAGGUAGGAUGAUUUACCAUGAAUUUUACUCGACUGUACCCUGAUUUGUGUACUGUUGGAACUGGUGUAUUUUGAAAACCCUUCUAUCUACACAUAAAACGUUCCCAUAACCUUUACAUAUUUUUAUAUUGCGACAAUGGAAAAUGAACCAUGAAUAUUAUAUUUUUGAUAACAUUUGUGCUACAGCACCCUUAAAAGUAAAACAAAAAGUAGGUUCCCUUUUAUUGUGUAUGUUCCUCAGCCUGGUGUGCAUCCUUCCUGGUUUGUUUUAGGAAUGCACUGAGUAAGGUGUUCCAAGUAUCAAAAUACAAUCAAUGGAAAUGUCAGAUAAACUAAAAAUGAUUUAUUAAGAUUCAUUUAUAAGGUAUGCAUCAUCUUGCUUCGAAAAUGUUAUGCUGUUAUGCUAAAUGUGUAACAACAAAACUUGCUGAAUAACAGAUCACCAAGUAAAUGUGGAUAUUAUGUAUGAUGAAGUGUUGGUUAUUGUGAUUUGUUCUCUUUGCUUUUAGAUGCAUGUUUGUUAUUUUUAGGCUCAGCAGCCCUGGCUGGCUAGUCCUGUGACAGUGGAAGCAAGUGCCCAAAUUUCAUUUCAACACUAGAUGAACCUUACUUCUGACUGGCCUAAAAUGGGCAGAAAGAGAGCAGAACAAAAGCUGUUUGUCGCUAGUACAAAAGUGCUGAAGCAGUUCAUUCAGGAAGAAGCUGGUAUGUUAAUGCCUUUCCCUGACAACAGGAAAGAACAAAAUGUUUCCAAAAGGCACAAAACGUAAAUUUUCUGAUGGCGAAGAAGUUCCUGACGAGAAUCCAGCUGAUAUUAAAGUUAUGUCUUCAUAUAACCUUCAACGGCAGUCUCUGCUAGACAUGUCCCUGAUAAAGCUCCAGUUAUGUCACAUGCUGGUGGAACCUAACCUGUGCAGAUCUGUGCUCAUUGCAAACACAGUACGGCAGAUCCAAGAAGAGAUGACACAGGAUGGAAGCUGGACGAUCAUGGCUGAAGCACUAAAUUCAAAUCAGAGCCCCUCUGAUCGCCUGGUUGCAACAGAAAUUCUUUGCAGACCAUCACCAAAGGACCAAGACGAGGAAAAGCCUUUUUCUGUCAUCAGCUAUGAAGGCUGUGACUCUGUCAGCUGUCAUUCAGAAGAAGUGGUUGAUGACUCUUUGUGUGAGCCAUCCUCUGAAGCCCCAACGUAUAUACCAAGCAGCAUCGGUACCUGGGACAAAGAAGACCAGAAGGAGAACUCAGAAGAGGAGUCUGAAGAGGACUCGAAGCCAGAAGAACAAGUCUUCGGAACUUUUGAAAUUAAGAACCCCACUGCCACUCCGGACCCUGCCCUUGACGAGCUCUUUUCAGAUGUUGACACUUCUUAUUACGAUCUUGACACCAUGUUGACAGGAAUGCAGAGCAGUCCUAAAAUGGGGCCCUAUGAUUUGUUGGACAGUUUGUCAUCUCACAGUCCAUCAUCCAUCAGUUCAAACACUGGCUGCAGGCCUGACCUCAAUGAACUUGAUCACAUCAUGGAGAUCAUUGUUGGGUCCUAAAACUGACCUAAAAAAUCAACUGUACAGAUAUGGAUGGUAUGCAAAACUGCUAGCUCUUGACUGUGAUGAAGUGUAAGUUAUGUUUUUUUAAGGGCUAAUAUUUUUGCAUGCCAACCAUUGGAACUUUAUUUACAUUCAUUUUGUAUUUGUCUUUUCUUUAUGUGAGUUAUGUUUUUUUCACUUUUUUUUUUUAAUUUAUUGUGACAUUUACUCUGAAAAAUGAUGUCUACACUACAUAAUUUUGAAUUGAACAAAUGAAUUGUGUACUAAAAGUUCGAAAGCUACACGUAUUUUUCCUAAAAGAAAUUAAAUAAUAAAGUAUAUAUCUAUAUUUUUACAACACAUACAGCUUUGGAAAUGUUACAGUACUUUUAGAAUCUUUUUAUGUGAAAGAAUUAUGAUAAAAUUGAAAAAAAAAAAAAUCUAUUUGAAAUGGUCUAUAUUAAGUCUUCCUUUUGACUUUAUCCCAAAAUGCAAUAUGUGCCUAAUGUGGAGAUUGAUGCAUAGAAAUGGUGGAAGGCACCUUUUAUAUUAGUGCUUAGACAAUAUGCAUAGCCUACAUCUCAGUCAGAUUAUUUUGUUAAGAUUGCAUAAUUGCUAAUGUAUAUCCAACUUGCUCCUGCUUUUGCUGUUUAGAAGCCAUAUGUUCUUACAUUUGUAUUGCUACAAAUGAAGAAUUGUGGGUCGAACCCAGUUUUAAGUUAUUAGAGUUAAUUUAUUUUUUUUUAAUUUAUUAAAUGCACGUCAGUUUUAAGUUUUGAGUUUAAACACUCAAAAGUUGUAUCAACCUUAUGAAAUACUUCAUUGUCAAAGUGUUCUUUUGAAACUACAAGCUCUGUAACAUGUCUUGGGAUAUCGGGCUAUGGCAGUUUUCCUACAAUGUAGAAAUCGGUGGUUACCACUGUAUAAACAGUAUUUAAAUACAGGAAUAAUGGCAAACGGAGCUUCAAACUAAGGUAUUCAUUGUUGAUUCAUUCUAAAAGAAUGGCUAGAGUGUAAUUUGGUUAGUUAUGUUUCUUCUAACAUACAAGGGUCUUUUUUCUAAGAGAUUUGUAAGCAUAAUAUUCAUUAUCAUGGGUAAUUGAUUACUCAGGCAAGAUAAAUAAGUGUGAAAACAGCCAGUAUUAUGAAAGCCAUUGUCAAAAAUCUCCCUUCUGAAUGAUGUCAAUUAAUUCAAUGCAGUUUACCAUAACAACCAGGGUGUAAGUUGAGUACACGUGGACAUUAAUACCUUGAAACUAUAGUAGACUAUAUGCAGUUUUUUUAUAUUUGUAAAAAAUACAUUGUAGCAGUUUUUUGUAAAUACUUUUUAAUAAAAAGGUACAAACUAAUUUUA